UCGAUGGUCAUCCGGGAUUUGACUUUGAGGUCAGCUGCGAGUUUCGGGUCGUUCCACUUGAUUCGGUUGCUCUACGACGAGUAUAUGUUUUAUUUGAUUGAGCAUCAAGUCGCCGAAGCUACGGGUGUUGUUCCUAUUGCUGUUAUUCUGGAAGGAAUUAAACAGGACAUUAUGCAGAACAGUUUGUCGAUUUAUGGCAACGAUGGGGUUUGCAACGGGGGUGUGAGCGCGAAAUUGAGUUGUGUGAGCCCCUCUGACCACCUUUCGAAACGGGCGAAAAUUAGCUAGCUUUCGAAAGGGGCGAAGUUUAUCGUGACGUUUCAAUAAGUUGUUUUCGGUUGGUUUUGUUGCGGUAAAUGAGGGACCAUUGUUUUCUUUGUUUUUUUUUCAUAGUAUGAUUAAUUUAUUUCACGUAUUUAGGAUGUGUCAUUUAAAUGUUUGAAUUGUGCAAUUGGUUAUGAAGCAUGUAUAAGUGCCGUCAAAUUUGUGUGACAAUAGGUGUAUAUAUCAUACUUAUAUAUGUACAUUGCCGCUAAAGGAAUUCUGUAAUUAUAAGUCACUGAGAUCAAGAGUUACUUAGACUGAUUUCGUUGGAUUUUGUUGUAUGUACAUAAUUAUUUAUUCGUUUUUUUCCUUUCUGUGUGUUUAAUAAUUGUUGUUUUUC